AUGGCAGAUUCAAUGCUUAGCACGGUUCCUUCAUGGCUCCCCGUAGGGAUGGACCCCUUAACUACAUAUUUGUUGGAAAUCAAACUAGCCAGGGAUCGAAAAAAUGCUAGGGUGGAAUAUGAUUGGUUUAUUUUCAGUAAAGUGAUAGACUCAAAUGCGAUGUGCUACAAAGACUUUAUUGAUGAUAUUGCGAAGUCAUAUCCAUGGGGGCCAAAUGAAACUGUCACAAUUGGCUACGUGGAUAUGGUUCAUAAAAUUACUCAUCAUGUCACAACUGACCAGGAUAUGCUUACAAUGUUUGAAAAGUUUGUUGAUAUCAAGGUGAUUCCAAUGAUUAUUCGCAUACAUGGUAUUAAUGAAAGUAUUGAUGAGUUAGACCACACUCUUGUUAAAGCAAGCGCAUGUGUUCCCGAUACUCCUUCUUUGGCAACCCCAUCUCAAGUGGAUUUCAGCCAACCUAGCAGCAGCACUCUUCCUUCUCAUGUCAUUGUGCCAUCAGACACAUACUUAGUAAACUCAUUUCCUAUGGCUGAGCAUGUUGGUGUUGAUGAGGAAGGCAUAUACUUAGAUGAGGAGGAGGCUGUUGUUGGUCAUGCUGAUGAAACUAGAGAUGAAGGGGCUGUCAAUGAAGUAUCCGAGGAUGAAUCUUGGGCUACAUCUGAGGAUGAAUCUGAGGAUGCAUCUGAGGAUGAUGGUGUCAAUGAAUCCGAGGAUGAGUCAAUGGCAUCAGAUGGGAUGCCUGAACAUAUUCCUAUUGCAACUUAUGACAAAAAUGACCCACCAAUGAUCGUAGGCAGCGUAUAUCCAAACAUUAAUGAAUUUAGAUUGGCAAUAGCACAACAUGCAAUAAAAAAGGAGUUUGAAUAUAACAUCAUCCGAAGUGAACCAGGGCAAUUUACUGCAAGUUGUGCUGCUAAAGGCUGCAAAUGGAGGAUUCAUGCAUCCGUGGUUGCUGAUGGUGUCACUAUGAUGGGAAUUCCAGAUCUCAGGGAAGCCUUGGCAGCAUAUGAGAAAUUGAUCCCUUCAUUACCUGACAAGGCACAAUGGCCAAAAGCUGAUCAUGGGUUUUUCUUGGCACCACCCAUUCUGAAGAAAUCAGCUGGGAGACCAAGAACUAUGAGGUACAAAGGAUGGACUGAGAAAGGAAGCAAAAGGAGUAGGAGGCACAAAUGCCCAAUUUGCAAGAGUUAUGGCCAUCAUUGGCACAAUUGCAAAGAGGGUGAUCCAGAGGAAGUAGCAGCAAUGCUUGCUGAAAGAUCAAGAUCACUUACUGGCUCCAACCAACCUGAGCCAUCUAACAUGAUUGUAGCCUUGCCAUGUCUGGGGGAGGAAACACCUACAGUUGCACCAAAAAUGACCAAGAGCAAGACAAAGGGAAAGUCAUCAUGUUCUAGUACUCCUGGUAGCCCAGCUAUGAGCACAAGGAGCAAAAAUAAGAGUCCUGCAAUGGGCACUAGGAGCAAAAGAAAACUUAUGGACUGA